AGAAAUAUUUCAGCCGAUACAAUAAGUUUACAAUUUUAGAAUAAAGCCCAAAUUGACAUUAAAAUGUAACUACAAAUGCUUUAAUUUAAAGUAGAAAUUUUUGUAAUUUCCACAAAACGACGAUGAACUGAAAAAGUUUUAAACAAUAAGCCUGAUGAAACAGCUUGAUGAUAAGAGUAAUAAAUAAAGAAACUAAACAAUAAAUACUAUACAAAAUUCACUAUAAGUGCAAUAAAAUGUAAUUCUUCAAUAAAUAUUUCACAAAACAAUUUACAGCAAGUCUUUACAAUAAAUCUACAACGAAAAUAUAAACCAAACAAACCAACCAUUGAAUAAUAAUUCGCAUAGUAAAAUCCACGAGAGCAUGAAAAAGCCGAGCUGAAAACCUAAAACUAGCAAAUAAAAACAAAGUUUCAGCCACAUGAGAACAACAAAAACAAUAACAAAAAAUCACUGGAAAACUCAAUGAAAGGAAAACAUUGUAAACCAAAAAUAGCAAUAACCACUUAUGAAACUGCAGAACUGCUUGCAACAACAGCGCAGCUGCGACAGCGUCAGCUGAAUCUGUUACACGCUCUUUUGGUGACCAAGAGAGUACGAAAGAGAGCAAGCGAGCGAUAGGCAAUGCAGCUAAGCGACAAGCAGUGCGCGACGAUCACUGCAGUUAUUCGCAUUUCAGCUGCAGAAGCGAGCAGUUCAAAAUGCGCACAGAAGCGCGACGGUCGUCGAAUUAAAAACACGCCCAAAUGAAAAUAUAGUUAAAACAAAUAAAAAAAAACCGUACUACCAAACACCUUUGUGGCGCUCUCGCGAGUUGGCAACAAGGCUGAAACCAGAAACUAAUUUUUGUUGAAAAUCUCGCGAGUUGGACACAAACAAAGAUAAAGGAAAUCGCUUUUAAAUAUUUGCUGAAAUUUUCUGGCAAAUUGGUAAACAAAAUAAAAGAUAAAAGGUCUGAUAAAAGUUAAAUAAAAGAUUGUGCUUAAACUUGGUUGGCUGUACUGAUUAAGUAGUUUCAUAAUUUAAUGAUAGAUAAAUAACAAAGCAAACAAAAUUACAACAAAAACUAAACGCAUUAGACCUGUUUGUUAAAAGGAAACACAAUAUUAACAUAAAAAAUAUAGUAACAACAUAAAUAAUAACACAAAAGUAAAUACAAAUUGAUUUAAUGCAAAAUAAAUAAAUAAAAAACGUUUGCUGGCCACCCAAACACUUCCCAAACUUUUUGGGCGAGUUGGAUCCGGUGAAUUCGACCGCCUGCAUGCGUUUCUGGUGGUGAUUCCCACUCCAAGGUGACCAUGUGCAGCCGGAAAUGCUUCCGCAUGCCCACUUUGGUCAUCUGCGGCGUCGUGCUGACCAUCAUCCUGGUCUGCAUCACGGGCAUCACGCUGACGAACAGCAUUAACAUAUCGAACAUCGUGAAGCUGCGCGAGAAGGUGGCCAGCGAUUCGGCGGCGGCCAAUGGCGGUCACCAGGCGGCCCAAACGCGGGCGGCGCUCGUCGAGCAGCAGUACUCCACUUUGCAGCAGCACCAUUUAUCCCGCAGCGAUCUCAAUUACAUUCAAGCGGCGACGCAUCCGAAGAAUCUGCAGCGCCAACUGCAGCAACACCAAAUGCAGUUGCAGCAGCAACAGCAGCAGCAGCAGCCGAAUAAGAUUGUCAUUGAAAUCGGUUUGAACAAUGACAGUGGGCCAAGCCAUGCCACCGCAAGCAGUACAAGCAGCACAAGCAGUUCACGCAACACAGGACCGCGAAUUUUGGAGGCGGCCGAAGCCUUAAUGGAGGGAAAUGUAGACUCGAUUUCAUUGCCAGCAGCUGCGCCCCUAACAGCAGCCACUAAAAAUCCAGAUAAAAAUAUGGAGAGCCCCGCAAAUACUACCAAUACAGACAUUACCAUGAGCAUCGCCGAUCACAAUCCUGGGGGAAUUGAAUUCGAGCGACGCGCGCAUGUUAAGCAGAUGAUGGAACACGCGUGGCACAACUACAAACUGUACGCGUGGGGCAAGAACGAAUUGCGGCCGCUGUCACAGCGUCCCCAUUCGGGCAGUAUCUUCGGAUCCUACGAUCUGGGAGCCACGAUUGUCGACGGGCUGGAUACCCUGUACAUUAUGGGAUUGGAGAAGGAGUAUCGCGAGGGUCGCGAUUGGAUCGAGCGUAAAUUCUCGCUGGACAACAUCAGUGCGGAGUUGAGUGUGUUCGAGACGAACAUUCGCUUUGUGGGCGGCAUGCUGACAAUGUACGCCUUUACGGGGGAUCCACUGUACAAGGAGAAGGCCCAGCACAUUGCCGAUAAGCUGCUGCCCGCGUUCCAAACCCCAACGGGCAUUCCCUACGCGCUGGUCAACACCAAAACCGGCGUGGCCAAGAACUACGGCUGGGCAUCCGGCGGAAGUUCCAUCCUCUCCGAGUUCGGCACCCUCCACAUGGAGUUCGCCUACCUGAGCGACAUCACCGGAAACCCACUGUACCGGGAGCGAGUGCAGACCAUCCGGCAGGUGCUCAAGGAAAUCGAGAAGCCCAAGGGCCUCUACCCCAACUUCCUCAAUCCCAAGACAGGCAAAUGGGGACAGCUCCACAUGUCCUUGGGCGCUUUGGGCGACAGUUAUUACGAGUAUUUGCUGAAGGCCUGGCUGCAAUCCGGCCAAACUGACGAGGAGGCCCGCGAAAUGUACGACGAGGCGAUGGUGGCCAUUCUGGACAAGAUGGUCCGGACCAGCCCCGGCGGACUGACAUACGUUUCCGAUCUCAAGUUCGAUCGGUUGGAGCACAAGAUGGACCAUCUUGCCUGCUUUUCGGGUGGCCUUUUCGCUUUGGGAGCUGCCACGCGUCAGAACGAUUAUACGGACAAGUACAUGGAGGUGGGCAAGGGUAUUGCGAACACCUGCCACGAGAGCUACAUUCGAGCACCCACUCAGUUGGGUCCCGAGGCCUUUAGAUUCAGCGAAGCUGUGGAAGCGCGAGCACUGAGAUCGCAGGAGAAGUACUACAUUCUGCGGCCGGAGACCUUCGAGAGCUACUUUGUGCUGUGGCGCCUCACGCACGACCAGAAGUACAGGGACUGGGGCUGGGAGGCGGUACUCGCAUUGGAGAAGCACUGCCGCACGGCGCACGGAUACUGUGGCCUGCGCAAUGUCUACCAGCAGGAGCCGCAAAAGGACGAUGUCCAGCAGAGCUUCUUCCUCGCCGAAACCCUAAAGUACCUGUACUUGCUGUUCUCGGACGACUCGGUGCUGCCCUUGGACGAGUGGGUCUUCAACACGGAGGCCCAUCCGAUGCCCAUCAAGGGAGCGAAUGCGUUCUACAGACAGGCCCCCGUAACGCUGCCGGCUUCGAAUGCCUCGUAAAGGGGCGCCUCGCUGCGCCGCUGGCUCGUCGGCCUGUCCCUAGCAAUGCACCUUACUUAGCUCUCGAUAUUUGCAUACUUAUCGUGAAUUUUUUUUAAUGUUUUUUUUUAUAAGUUUUUAGUUAGUUUACGUGAAGUAAUGACAACUGCGUACGAAGAAGAUAUUGUAUGAUUACAAUCAGCCAGGCACACACACACUUUCAAUGUAUCAUAUUUAUAAAGCUUGCACAUAUAUAGGACCUAAAACCUAAACGGAUAUAUCGUAGUUUAGCUCUAAACUGUUUGCACACAAGUUUCUCCGAGUCUCUCCGUUUGAUUUACGUUAUGGAAUAUAGUAAUCCAAAAAUAGUUGACAGAGGUGCGCGGUGAAAGGAGACCUCAAUUUCCAUUUAAACGCGAACGAUGUAGGUGUUAGGCAAACACUCUUGAUAUUAAUUACGAUAUUAAUAUUGAUAUAUGAUAAAUGUGUAAAUGUAAAACUCAGGUGUUCUAAUUAUGAUUUUCCUUGCGUUCAGGCAAGGCUCUUUCUCACUAAACAUCUACGUAACUAUCUCUACAAGCAUUCUAUACGCAAUCCUCGAUCUGCGACUAUAUCUCUGUGUAGACUUAUGGUGAUCUUGGCGGGCAUUUCGAUCUUCGAUCUUCUCUGCUGAUUUCCAAUUCGAAUCUUUGACCGCUUUGUUUUGUACAUAAUUUCUAUUGACUUUCCUCGCAAAAUGAAGGCAGACGAAAAUCGAAUUGAUAUUUAUACAAAUAUAUUCUUACACAAUAUUGUUUAAUUUGUAGCCUAAAUAUUUAAAUAUAAAUAUAAUAUAGAGUCUAGCUUACUUUAUGUGACGAAAAAAAUGUAACGCGAAUUACCUUAAAUCCAGAACAUCAAGCGAAACGAAAUUAAAUAAAAUAUAUAUACAAAUAUAACUAAAUAAAUAUAUAUUUAUAUUUGUAUUUAAUUAAAUUAAAUAAAACGUAGGCAAUUGUUAAAAUAAAUUAAUUAUACGAUGGCAAAGGCCGAGCGAAUGGUAAUUUAAUUUUUAGCAACUGUAAAGGUUUUUUAUAAUAAUAAUACCAACAUUAAUCAUAUUUAUAGUUCUAUUUAUGAAUGUAAUCCAUAGUUUAAGCCACACAUCGCAUGAUAAAUGAAAUAUAGAAGUUAUUCAAUUGUUUUUUUUUUUUUUUGUAAUAAACGCAGCUUAAGCUGUGUUAAGUGAUUUAACAAACGUAAAAAUAAUAUAAAUCGUAAGCUAAGCUAUACUAAUGUAAUACUGAAGAAUUUUAACGAAAUGUUUUAACAAAAGAAAAUAAUAUCAAUUUGAUUAAAACGGAAAAGCAAAAAAUCUUAAAAACACAAA